AUGAAGCUUCGGUACGCGAUGGUGUGCUCGUCAAAUCAGAAUCGGAGCAUGGAAGCCCAUGCGCUAUUGAAGAGAGAAGGCUUUGACGUGUCAUCGUACGGUACUGGGCAACACGUUAAGCUCCCUGGUCCUUCCCUCAGAGAACCUAAUGUCUAUGAUUUUGGCACCCCCUACAAGCACAUGCUCGAAGACCUCCGCCGCAAAGACCCCGAAUUAUACCGGCGAAAUGGGAUACUAACAAUGCUUAAGAGAAACGUGGCAGUAAAACUCGCUCCUCAGCGUUGGCAAGAGAAUGCAGCUGAUGGUACCUUUGAUGUGGUACUUACAUUUGAAGAAAAAGUUUUUGAUAUGGUCGUUGAAGAUCUCCACAAUCGGAAUCAUGUGCUUUUUAAACCCGUUCUAGUGAUCAACUUGGAAGUAAAAGAUAACCAUGAGGAGGCGGCUAUAGGGGGUCGGCUUGCUUUACAAUUGUGCCAGGAGCUUGACGGUAUUGAAAAUUGGGAGGACUUGAUAGAUGAUCUAGUGAUUAAUUUCGAGAGGCAAAAUAACCGGAAGCUCCUGUACAGCAUUUCCUAUUACUGA